AUGGGACUCGUGCCUCGGGACCAUGAACGCAGAUCCCUAGAUACUGGCCGCAAGGUCGAGGUUCCCACGAGGGUCCUGCCAAAAGCCGAAUUGGCUCCUAAUGUCAAGCUGUCUCCCAUGCAGAGACUACACAUCGAGCAUCUGACACGACACCCUCCGCCGAAGAAGCCGCCAAAACCAUACAAGGAAAGGCUCUUGAUUUACCAUGCGGGAUACCCAGUCAUUACCGCCCUUGUAUUUGGGCGAGUCAUCGCCAUAUGUGCAGCAGCGUUCGUCACAGCGGUAUGGGUCCCAGCGUACUACACCUACGGGACCCCAUGGUACUAUCUACUGCCAGUUUGGGCUGGCUCUUUUGUGCCACUUCUUGCGGUCAAUUUUUUCACGCGCAGUAUUGUGACAGAAGCAUUCUUGAGGCUACCACCCAACGCUCGCGCCACGCCUCAAGCAGCCAUGGCAUACGCUCGGAAGCUACCCCGGGAUGCUACUCUUCAGCUGCGGUAUGGACGAUGGACGGGCUUGGUGUCGAGUGUGGAUGUCCGCAUCGCCGACACGCAGCCAACAUCCAGUCGCUUGAGGCCUGUCAAUUUCAAGGCUGUGGGACCGUUGGUCGACAAGGGCACGUUCCUCGGCCGAAAUCCUACCGACUUCUUCCUGAAGCCAAAGACUGCUGGAGGACGAGCAGCACGGGACGCUGUUCCAGGACUCUGGGACAUCGUCUACAGGCGCUUGACUGGUGUCAGCACUGCAUCCGUCUCGAGAUGGAAGAGUUGA